UGCUGUUUGGGUGUAUGUUUCUGGACUUUUCAGCGUGGCAUGACCGCCUCCCGUCUUCGAGUCUCGGCGUUUCAGCGUGAAGUUCAACGGAGGAGGAAGCUACCAUGAGAGGCGACUCCUUUCUCCUCGGCUUCCUGCUGCUCAAAGUUACCGCUCUGGUGUGCAAGGCUGACGGGGAGCCGGGCUUGCUCGGGGGCUUCGUGAUGAUCGCCACCUCCAACGGCUCCAGGGAGGAGGAGACCGUUUCCGAGGAGACCCCGCACACGGAAGACAAAUGCCGGGGCUACUACGACGUGAUGGGCCAGUGGGACCCUCCGUUUAUUUGCAAAACGGGCAAUUAUUUGUACUGCUGUGGCACCUGUGGCUUCCGCUUCUGCUGCUCCUACAAACACUCUCGACUGGAUCAGAGCACCUGUAAAAACUAUGACACCCCACUGUGGAUGAAGACCGGCCAGACUCCGUAUAAGAAAAUGAACAAGAUGCAUGACAGCACCAAAGACAAGACCAACUUAAUAGUUUACAUCAUAUGUGGAGUUGUGGCCAUUAUGGCGCUUGUGGGGAUUUUCACCAAAUUGGGUCUCGAAAAGGCGCACCGUCCUCAAAGAGAGAACAUGUACAGGGCGGUGGCCAAUGUGCUGCAGGGCGGGUGUCCAGGUGAGCAGUAUCGGGGAGAGGAGGCCCAAGGCAUGCAUUCCAAUCACUAUGUUUCCAGGCCUGCGAACCUCCAGGGUGCUCAGAUUAACAACAAUGUGGGGCCAGUGUCAAACAUGGUCCAACAGCACCCGUAUCCUGCCCUCAGCCAGUUGGCUCAUGCGUACGAACAUCAGCAGCAGCAGCAACAACAGCAACAACAACAGCAGCAGCAGCAGCAGCAACAGCAGCAGCAUCAGCAACAACAGCAGCAGCAGCAGCAGCAACAACAACAACAACAACAACAACAACAGCUACAGCUACAGCAACAGCAACUGCAACUGCACCUGCAGCAGCAAAACAAGGAUUUCAACAAAUAUGCCUCCCUGAAAGCUGUGGCUGCCAAAUACAACGGUGAUCAGUACAAAAAGCACAGGCUGAUGGUGGAGCUACCGACAAAAGGCGGUCUUCCGCUCCAACCCAUGGGCAACUCCCGACCCUCCAUGGGCAACAUGUCAUCGAUGACCAACAACCCGAUCGCUUCGAACCACAUGGCAUCCCACUCCAUGAACCAGAUGACCUCCAUGACCCCUAUGUCGUCAAUGACACCCAUGACUGCUAUGAUGACCAUGACCUCCCUCGCCCCAAUGACUCCUAUGACCUCAUUGGGGCCGCUGACCCCAGAGCCGGUGGCAACUUAUGUUACUGAGAUGCCCAGAAUCUCUUCCGUGUCAACCGUCCCAACAGACCGACGCGGAGCUGGAGUAGCGUCAUUAAAGCCAAAUGGCCAGAAACCUAAAACCAACCACGGCCACGUCGCCCACGGCUCCCACAGUGCCCUCACUCACCUUCACAGCCACAGUAGCAAGCCGCCAGGACUGGGGACUACCUCCCUGGCACACAUGGCAGGUACUAUGCCUGGGGGCACAUCCCUGGGAAUCUCCAUGGUUGCCGAAACCCCCAUCGGCUCCAGCUUUGCGACGAUGGGUCGGCCAUUGGCGUACAGUUCUAAUACCAUCUCGUCUGGGCAUACAGUGGGUAUGGGGUUAAGGGGUUGGGAAGGGACAGAGACAGUGGGCCGGAGGAAGACCUACGGGCACAAGAGGCCUCAGUGUACGGUGCUGGAGCCCAACCAGCUUCAUGUCACCAGAGGCCACAGCCACAGCCAACACUUCCUCCCCACACAGCCCUACUUUGUGACCAACAGCAAGACAGAGGUGACUGUGUGAGUCAGCAUAUAAGGACGAGGUAUGAAGAAUGCAUGUGGAAUGGUGACAAGUAAUUUCCGAGUGGAGACACCAACACCAGAGUUGGCCAAAAGGUGCAGGUCUGUUUGUUUGUGCGAAGAAGCUGAGGCUCGUUAAUACUGGUAAAAGAUUUCUACAUAUUUGUGAUGCGAUAGUCUGGUCCGUCACAUUUUACAUAUAGAGAGUCCAUCAUUAAAAUCACUGAACAGAUUGCUGAUGUUUGUCGGAUGUUAGUGGUUAAGUUGGUGACAUCAGCAACCAUAACAAUACCACUGAAUUGUAUCUUUCAAGUUGCUACACAAGCGUUACAAAGUAAAUGGAAACCUGCUGCUAAAGAAAUUAAUGGGAAGCAAGCCCAAGGCAAGGAUCUGAUGACAGCACCCAGGCAUUGCCAAGUCACAACGAGUCACAGCAUCUGCUAGACUAGCAUGGUUGAACUGAACAACAUUCCAGUAUGUUUAACCGCCAGAAUCUCUUGAUGGGUUCAAAACCGACACAUGACAAGGCUCUGGGCUUUGGACUGCAGGCAUAGCAGGUUUUGUACUGAGGCCAUUCGCAAGCCUCUUCAUAAGCUUCACAGCUGAAGGUCACCCUUCUCAAACAAAGCUCCAGCACCGAUAAUGUUGGGCUGAGUAGGAUUGUUGCUGUUCAGCCUUCAUCUGCAUGCUGACAGCUGGCCCAGACGUGGGGCAGAGAGGCGGCAUCCGGAUGCUGCUGCAGCAUCAUUCUUCCAUAGUCACACUCAAGUGCACAUAUUCACAUACACGUGCAGGCAUAUGAUUGGGGCAAACACAGAGCAUACAGUAGAAAUGUCAAUCACCUCGGCUUUCACAAAUCAUGUACUGCUUUGUUGUAUUUGUUUGCUUAUGUGAUCUGUGCAUAUUGAAUUGAAUUUCUAGUGGAACACAGAAAUAUGGAAAUUAAAAGGUACAUAUAUGAGGGGUAAGUAACUCUUAAAACUCAAUUCCAAUCAGAAAUGCACAGGUGAAAAGUUGUCAGAAUGGGGCCUUCACUAAACUGGGACUGGACAUAACAAUUUUUAGAUGUUAAUAAAAAGAAAAAGAAAAAACAGUAUAUGUUCAGGACGGUAUAUGAGAUACUUAACCCUUCCUAUAAAUAUAUAUUGAUUCAAAUAUCCCUUACUCUGUAUUUUAGUUGAGCAAGGACCAUAAAAAUGAGAGUGGAAAUGGUUUCUUAUUUUUUCUCGUUUUAAGGAACGAACGCUUGAAACUACGCUUUAUUAGAUCACUUGUACUCCAGCUAAAA